CGUAGGCGCACAUCGAGUUCGAGUAUAAAUGGGGCCCCAGAGCCCAUGGUUCGGUACUCUCUCAGUCGCUCCGACUCGGGAACCAGAGCAUCAGCGGAGAUAGCUGCCAGUCUUUUGCCUCAGCAGGCUAACUCGCUUUCAGCUUUGGUUCAGAAUGGAAACUUCUACGAUCUCACGGAGCCGGCGGUGCUCCAUUGCGCACAAUUUUAAGAGUGGUCUCUCACUGUGGUUGGUCGUCUGGUUGGUUGUGGUGAAACCUGCUCCCGCUCAGGGCUGCCCACACCACUGUGUGUGUUACCCGUCCCCCAUGACGAUCAGCUGCCAGGCACAGAAUCUGACCAUUGUACCAACUGGAGUGCCCGAUGAGUCCCAGCGCGUCUUUCUGCAGAACAACCGCAUUACUGAACUGAGAGUGGGCACUUUCGGCUUUGGAACUCAGGUCCUCUGGCUUUUCUCCAACAACAUCACCUGGAUUGAGUCUGGUGCCUUCAGCGAGAUGCGUGACCUGGAAGAGCUUGAUCUGGGUGACAACCAUCACCUGCGCCGCUUGGAAGGGGGCGCCUUCCGAGGCCUGGAGAAGCUGCAGAGCCUGCACAUGCACCGCUGCAGGCUGGCGGCUCUGCCCCACGACAUCUUUCACAAGCUGUACAGCCUGCAGUUCCUCUACCUGCAGGAGAACCAGCUGCACUUCCUGCAGGACGACCUGUUCUCCGACCUCAUCAACCUGAGCCAGCUCUUCCUCCACGGCAACCGCAUCCGCACCCUGUCCGAGAACGUGUUCCGGGGCCUGGUCAACCUGGACCGGCUGCUGAUUCACGACAACCGCGUCCGGCAGGUCAACCGCCGCGCCUUCCGUGACCUGGGCCGCCUCACCAUGCUCUUCCUCUUCAACAACUCCCUGGCAGAGCUGCCCGGUCAGGCAAUGCGUGACAUGGACUCCAUCCAGUUCCUUCGGCUCAAUGGCAACCCUUGGUCCUGUGGCUGCGAGGCUCAGGCUCUGUGGGACUUCUUCCGCGCCAACCGCAUCUCCAGCUCCGAGCUCAUCUGUGCCUCUCCUUCCCCCCGCCGCGGCCUGGACAUGCGUUUCCUGCGAGAGAUGGACUUCGCCCUCUGCCCGCUGCCCGACCCCGGCUCGCUGGCUGGUAGCACCACCACCACCUUCAGCACCAAGACCCGCUGGUGGUUCUCCAAGCACAAGCCUGUGUCCUCCUCCAAGGGCAUCUUCGAGAAGAGUUCCGAGACCGUCAAGGCGUUCCCCUUCAAUGGGGGCAAGCCCACGUCGACCAAAUACGAGUUGAGCGAGGAUGAGGCCCUCCUCCCCAAGCUGGACCCUGAGGAGUACUGGGCCAACUACGGUAACGAAGACGCCGGUGCCACGCUGCGCUGUUUCGAGCUCGAGUGUGCGCCCGACUUCGAUGUCUUGCCACCCUUCUCCUCGGCAUCCUUCUCCUCUGUCACCUCUCGUUCAUCCCUCCUGCUGCUCUCCCUGUCUCUACUCACUGUUUCCAUCCAUCUUCUUUUUGGCUGAGUCCAUUUCCCCCGACGUGAACACUCCUCCUUGUCCCUUACAGGGACUCCUGUUUACACCCUCUCUCUUCUAAUCACCCUCUCUCUUCUCAACAUCUUCUGCCAGACUGUUGUAUCUCUGUUCUGUUCAGUUUGAGCCUCUAGGCCUCCAGGGCUCUAGGGGGCACUACACUGAUAGAGGAUACGUCUGGGGAAGGAGGGGGUUUGGGGUAGAUACCCUUGCAGAUUGUGCCAUUGCAUAGCUGCAAGGGGAAAUGUAUCGAUUCAUAAUCUCAGCCAGUACUGUUAGUGAGAGUACUGUGUUUACUUUUACCUGGUGACGUGUUUAUCUGCAACCAGUAUGUCACCACAGUCAGUGCAGGUUAUGGUUUCCUUCAUGUACAGCAUUUCUAUCUUCAGCUAUUUGUGCUAGUAGAUAACCGUGAUUGUGCUGUUGCUGCUACUAUUAGUAGUACUGCUGCUUUUGACUAGUGCCAAUACUACUCAUUACUGUUAUUGCAAGUGCUACUAUAUUCUAUUCCUAGGGCUGAUCAGUACCAUCAGAAUCAUCACUACUGUUACUAAAAUGAUUGAAGUCAUUCAGAUCAUCUAAUACUACUUUGCUGUGUUGAGUCAGCAUAUAAGAGAAUUUGUUGCCACAUUGUGCACAUUACGUAGGCUAAUAUUAGCAUAGAAUUAACAUGGAUGCUUUGAUUGAUCAGAGCUGAGGUCCACAGAGAGAAGAAUACCAGAGAGUGGAGGCAGGAAAUAUGCUCCUCUUCAGACAGUGUGAUGAGACGCUGUAGUGAAGAGGCAAAAUACGAAAACAGAGCUCUCAGUAUGGAGAGAACAUUUGAGUAAAAUCAUCAAAAGAGUUAGGCAGAAACAGAAUGUUCUAGUAUGAAAGAAUGUAAAUGGUCAGGGAGACAAGAGACAGCAGGCCCAGGUCAGAGAAAAGAAGAGAAGACAAGGACUUAUUUUUAUGACUAUAAUGAUUUUAUUCAUCAUUUUUUAAAGUUUUACUUUUCCUUAUGUGUUUGUAUGCAUCUGCAAUAUCAUUGUCAAUUGUAAAUACUUUGUCAUGGAGAGCACACUGUAUAUAUAGCUGUUUCCUUUCCAGUCUUCUUUGUUAUGAUUGUUUGUUUCUGUGAGUGAUGUAAUUUGUGUUGUCUGACCUAAUGCAAUAUGAUGUCUGGAGAAUGCAAGACCAGAAAUGUAUGACCUGUCUAUAAAUGUAUGUUUUGAUUUGAAAUAGAUUUACACAAUUCUU